AUGGGGAACAUGAGGCGGCUCAUGGUGACGUUGAUGGUAGCGACGAUGGUGGGGGCGAUGGUGGGAGAGGCAGCGGCGUUCUAUGGCAGCAAGAAGAGCAAGGACGACGGGAAGCUCCAGUGCGAGGACGAGAUGAAGGGAGUGAUCAGGCUGAGCGAGGAGAUAGCGAAGGAGCUGAAUAGCGUGAGGGAGAACAAGAGGGAGAGGUCGAGCAGGGAGUUGACGAAGCUCUUGUGGAUGCUGAGGAGAGAGCAGGAGAAGAUCGAGGAGUCGUUCUUCGACGUCAUGAAGAGGACCAGCACGCAGCAGCGAGAUCUCACGGGGAUCCAGACCAUUGAGACCGACGACGCAGCCAUGGUUCACGAAGUUUUCCUUAGCGGGAACCCCUACUUCGUCCAGUGCGCAGGACCCCUCGAGCCUCUCCACAAGACAUUUGUGGACGCAUCGGCCGGCCUGGUCGAGUCCAGCAUCACCCCAGCUGCUAUGGACUGCAACGGGACGUUGCCGUCGGGGAAGACGGUGGUAGAAAGGUUCUUCAAGGGAAAGAAGCUCCAUGACCCCCUGUUCUUCAUAGUGGCCAACAAGCGUCUCCCUCGCUCAUUCACAAUCCGAUCGCACGUCACGUCGGACUUUGUCGUCCAGUUCGCGGUCAACACGACAGCAGUUGUGGUAUCGAACAUCAGUAACCAAGAGGAUCUCAGGGAAGAGUGUCUGAGGAGGAAGCAGUGCGCUCUCGUUCUGCAUGAUGGGAACUACUCAGGGCAGGAGCGGGCUGUUGUUCUCUCCUUAGCUCCGAAGUUCCGAGGGAUCGCGUUCGUGCAGGUAGAUAGCCGCAAGCUUCAGUUCUCUUUAGAGGAUGCUCUUCCUGUGAGCAACGGGAAACCUAGGUUGGUUUACAUGGAAAUGAAUCCAGACGGGAAGGAGAAGAAAACUCGAGAGAAAAGUUUCUCGGGUAAAUCGUACAAGGGGGGCGAAUGGAGCGAAGAGAGUUUGGGAGGGUUCAUAGAUGACGUCAUCAGCAAGAAGACCAAACUCGCCAAGCUGAAGAAACAUCCGAAAGUGACGGAGAGAAAGCCAAUAACGAAGCAGAGCAAGAGCAGGGGGCAAGAGAAAGAUCUCAAAGAAGAAAGGUCAGAGAGGAGGGUGAAGGCUCGAGGAGGAGCAGGAGCGAGAGCUGAAGCCAAGGGAGGAGCAGACAAGAAGAAGAAUAGAGUGAAUGUGGGUAGGGAUGGAAAGAUGAGCAAGUCCUGGGAAGGAGGUAAGCAGGAGCAGCAGCAGGAUGAGAGAGAGAAGGAAAGGAGGAGGAGAGAGCAGAUGCUGAGAGAGGCGGAGAACGCUGAUGGGAUCGAGUACGUUGGCGACGAUGGAAACGAGGAGGAAGGUAACGACGCAGUGACAUCAGACUCCGAUGACUUGGAGGUUGAGGAGAUAGUUGUAGACGGCGAUGAAGAUGAAAUCUGA